AUGCCGGAGGCUAUAUUCUGUGAUGUACUUGUCUUGGGUGCCGGUAUUUCAGGACUCGGUGCAGCUAAACUACUAACCAAUGAAGGACUCAAAACCAUUGUCUUAGAAGCAAGACCUCGAAAUGGUGGUCGCAUUCAUACAGUUGAUCUUCCUGGUGCAGCUAAUGAGACAACUAAGUUUGUUGUUGAUUUGGGAGCUAGUUAUCUUCACGGUUGCAAUAACUCUCAAGAAAUUCAGCCUCUCUUCACACUUGCUGGUCGUCUAAAAAUCACGACUGCUCCUGCUGCUGGAGACAUUUUGGGCGCACACCGAGGUUGGGAGUGUCCAGAGGUAGCUGUGUGGCGGGAUAAUAAGUCUGGAAAGGAAAUUGGCUUGACAGAGGUUGCUGAUAUGAGCUUUUUACUUGACCGAUGCCUUCUUCACAUUCUCAUGACCGCAAAUCGAAAAAAGCAGGGAAAUCAAUCAAAUAAAACUUUAGCCACCGCAUUACCAAACGCUUUAGAAUCAUGUCUUCAGUUACUGUACAAAGCUGGUCACCGCGCUUCUCCAACACUUUCCCGACGCGAAAAAGGAAUUUUCGACUCCCUUUUCGCUCGGUAUAUAGCUUACGUGAAUCCAGCUCAUAGACUUUCUCCUCACUUGUCUUUGGGACCCCAUUUCGAAGCCGAUGCUAUGGCAGGUCUGGCUUUAGAUGUCAACCAACCAACCCCCAUGGCAAAGAGACUUUAUCUUGAUUGGUUGGAAGAGAAGAGAACACAUUUAAGUUUGCAUGGUCCCAACAAAGGAAUAGCCCGUCGAACAGAUCAUCAAUGGGAAGAUCGUUUAGUUUUAGACGGAUUUUCGAAGUUUGUUGAUUUCUUGGCAUCAGAUGUAGUUGUUCACAAUCAAUGCGUUGUACGUCAUGUCUAUUGGCCAAGUCAUUCGGACUUCAGUAAGAUUAAUGAGACCGUGAGCAUGCAAUCAAUUGAUGAAAGUGCUGCUUCAUUAAAUGCUAAGUCACUAAUGGAUUAUAUAGAAUCGUCUAAUCUAGUUUGUGUAGAGACUGUGGAUUACACCGAGGAGUCGUCUGCUGUGAAAUCCAGUAAACAAUCUUGUAGGCGUUACUUUGCACGAUUCUGCAUCAUAACUGUCCCUGUGGGUGUAUUAAAAGGCCUUGACCGUCGUAGUGCUAUUCAGUUCCAUCCACGUUUGCCUCCGAGGAAACGACUUGCCAUAGAUCGUCUUGGUAUUCCGAAAAUUGGUGCAGAAACGCAUAAUAAGGUUAUUUUGAAGUUCAAUCAAUCAGAAAUUUUCUGGGAUCGUAAUGCAGCUCAUAUUACAUGUCCUGGUGCAUACCUUCAUAUACUUAACUGUGAUUUUUAUGGAAAUCCUGGCGUUCUUGUAGCUCAUGUAUGGGGCGGUUCUAAACUCAAGAUCACCGGUCGAUCUGAUCAGGUUGUUGUGAAAAACUUAUUGGAUUUGUUGGGUGGUAUGUAUCCAUCACAGUGUCCAUUACCUGAGCCUAUAUUUACUCAUGUCACUCGAUGGUCAGAAGAUCCGUUUAGUUUGGGUGCUUAUACUGCUGGUGAAGUUGGAAGUAACGAUGAAGAUCGACAGGCAUACGCAAGUCCCCUACCUUCCACAGGUUGUCCAAAAUUACUUUUUGCCGGGGAAGGUACUGUCGAUAGUUCUGGUGGUCAACAAUGUACUCAUGGUGCUUUCUCGUCAGGAGUCGAUCGCGCAUUAGAUAUUCUUGAUUGCAUUCAAGGUGGUCGAUGUCGUCUGCGUGAUGUACGCAUUAUUGAUUGUCUUACUGGCCGUCUAUCUGACCGAUUUCCUCCUCAUGAAAUGGUACGAAGAGCGAAAAAGCGCAAAUUAAUGAAUGUGAUGGGUGUCCGUCGGUCAUCUUCCACCGUUUCAUCCGAUCGUAAAUCAUCUUGCAAACAAGAAUUAUCAAUGGGUAAAGGUAUACAGUCGAAGCAUGAAUUACGAAACACAGAAUCAUCAGACAGUCAGUCAUCUGAAUGCUAUUCCAGCUCCUCAACACCGGAUUUAGAAUCUUCCGAUCCUUAUGCAUUGUUUCCCAAACCAACAAGGCGUUCAACACGACUAACUACAUGGAUUUCCUCUCAAGCAUCUUCAUCUCUCCGACGAGAGUUUUUGUUAAUGUUCAAAAAGAAAAGGCAUGUAAAGAGACGUAGAACCGAUAACAGCAAUAGUAAUAGGAGCAGUAGUAGCAGUCGCUUUUGUAGUAUAGAUUCAUCGAAUGACAGUAAUUCAUCUUCUGAAGUGAAUAAAGUACCUUCAUUUUCUUGUUAUGAAAAAAGUGAGUUUACUAGUUCAUCAACUACUUCUGUACCUGAUCUAUCUUCAAAUAUGAUCUCCUCUUCAUCUGCACACAAUGGUUUCUCUAACAUACGAGUUUCAUCUCCUGCCCCUCAUACAUCUGCUUGUAUGUUAUUGUCAAAUUUCCAUGAAAAUUUUUUUGAUGUUUCUCAGUCUACAAGUUCAACAACUUCAUGUAUAGAAAAUAAUAUGUACAAUAAUGCAAAGGAUGUAUUGCUUCCUAAUGUGUCGCUUGGCAAACAUAAAGUAACUGCUGCACACUCAGACGCAACUAUUAGCACAAGUAUCAUUGAUCAUAUCAAACCAACAAAUUUUGAACCUGUUUUCGGCGCUCUUCCAUUUACACUGACUUGUGAUAAUAAUAAUCAUUUAGAACCUCGAGUGAAGUCUUUCUCUUUUGAAGAGGCUUUAAAAGCCAAUAGUCUAUCAGUUACCCCAUAA